AUGGUACAUAUGGUACAGUAUUUCUGGCCGGCUUCCUCUUUGGGGCCCGCCAUCGCCACGAUCGCGACGAGACAGGACGAGCCACCGACACCGACGCGGGAGCUGCGCAAGAGCCGGUUCGGGUGCAAGAACUGCAAGCGACGGCGCGUCAAAUGCGACGAGACGUUCCCCGUGUGUCUGCGAUGCCAGAAGCGCGGCGCCGUGUGCGAGGCAGUGCCGCAGCUGCGCCAGUGGCAGGUCGAAGUGCCCAGCCUGGCGCUCCCAGCAUCGGUAUACCCGGCCAGCCCGCGGCACCGGCGCCUGGUGAGAUACUGGUGCGAGCGGGCGAGCCAGAUCAUGGUGCUCGACCCGGACCUGAACCCCUUCUCCUUCCCGAUCGUGGCCUAUCUCGAGCAGUCGCCCGCCCUGCUGCACACCAUCACCAGCAUUGGCGCCGCCCACGAGCAGUUCUUCCACAAGGACCGGCUGGAGACGUGUCUGGAGGAGCGCAGCGUCGCGCUGGGCCUCCUGCGCGCAGAGGUCGGCCUCACGCCGCGCCCGCUGCCCACCACCUUCCUCAGCGUCUUCAUGCUGGGCCUGUCCAGCUCGUGGAUCCAGGACGAGCCGGCCGAGUUUGGCUAUGAGCAUCUCAGCGCCGCCCGCGCCCUCAUCGACCUGAUCAUCGCCUCGCCCGACCUGUACAACACCCCCUUUGCCACUCUUGCCCUCGGCUCCUAUCUCUACUGGGACAUGGCCUGCUCCUUUCUCGUCGACCCGCGCCUGCACACCGAGCUCAACGUCCCCUCCAUGUACAGCGCCGUCCAGAGCACCCUCGGCGUCUUCCACCCCAUCACCGGCUACUUUGUCGAGAUCAUGUACCUGCUGGGGAACCUGGGGCGCUAUUGCCGCUGUGUCGUCGAAUCCGGCGUCCGGAACCCGCUUCUGGAGCACGCGCUGGAGGAACAGUUACUCGCCUGGGAGCCCAGUCGGACAGACCAGCAGCUCGGGCUGUUGGGGGAUGCCUUUAAGAACCACGGCUUGAUCAAUCUCUAUCGAAUAUGUGGCCGGCCGGGGGAUGACCAGGAUGAACCCAAUCAAGACACGGAUCAUGACGACUUCACCGAUCAACUCAUCCGCCAGUAUGCCGUCCAGACGGUACGGGAUCUCAUCCUCAUCCCCACCACCAACUGGUAUACAAACAUGCAGGCCAUCUGUCUGUUAACGGCUGGCUCCGAGCUCACGGCCGCCGACGAUACCGAGCGGAUGCUGGUGGUUGAGCGAUUCAACGCCCUGUACUCCAUCAACCGGCUGCCGGCCAAUCUCAAGGCCCUCGAGAUUCUAGAUGACACCUGGCAGGCCCGGGAUAGGGGGGAUACAAGGUCAUGGCUCCAUUUCAUGCUCCAUCGAGGCUUAAGAUUGAUGCUGGGAUGA